CUCGUAUAAAACGCAAGUUCACAGUCAUGGCGAGCCAAUACAGUGAUUAUUCGCAGACAUGAAGACUACUCAUCUUUGUGGAUUUUUGGCGAUAACUUUAUUAGCAAUAUUUUCUACUGUUUGCUCGGGAUAUCACUUGCAGAAUUCCCAUGAUGCCUCAAAUUUUGCUGUUAGUAACGAGAUCAGGGAUAUAUCAAGACCAAAAAGGGAAAUAGAAAAUUUUGAUACGGAUGACUACCCUACUACUCCCAAUCAAGAAGUCCAAGAAGAAACGAGCUUUUGGGACCGCGUGGUCAAAGUAGCUCUUCAACUGUUUAGUCGUUUUGUGGAAUGGUUGAAUUCAUAA